AUGUCAGACCACAAGCCUGUUGAACAGACCCCCGAGCCUGCCCGGAUUGGCGAGGCAGUUGUGGCUACUGAUAAGCCCACUGAAGCUCCUGCUACCUCGGCGACAGACAACAAUAACACCGAAGAAGGUCCCAAGGAAGAAGCUGUCAAAGAGGAGGCUCCCAAGACCGAAGAGCCCGCUACAGCUGAACCCGCAGCUGAAUCCGCCAAAAACGAGGAGAAGCCUGUCGAAGAUGCGACUGUUGCGGCCACUACUACCGAGCCUGAGCCAGCUCAGCCUGAGGAGACGAAGCCCGCGUACUUGACCAGCAUUCCCUCCCUCGGCCAAUUUUUCGAGCACCUUCCCGAGAUUCUCACUAAGACCGGUCACACUGAAAUGUGGGGAGUGACUCUAAAGGAUAGCGAGGAUAUCCCCACUGUCAAUGUGCUGAUCAAGUUCCUGCGCGCAAAUGAGGGCAACCUCUCUGCUGCGGAGGAGCAGCUUCGCAAAGCUUUGGAAUGGCGCAAGGCUACCAACCCUCUGGAGCUUAUCAACUCUGGAAAGUACAGCACCAGCAAGUACGGUGGUCUGGGAUACCUGACAACCUACGAGCAGGAUGGUCGUCCUCUCGUCUUUACUUGGAAUAUCUACGGUGCCGUCAAAGAUCUGAGCGCCACCUUUUCGGACUCUGACGACUUCGUCAAGUGGCGUGCCGCCCUUAUGGAACUCGCUGUCCAGGACCUGAAGCUGAAGGAUGCUACCACAGUCAUCGAUUACGACGGCGAGAAGGAUCCCUAUAUGAUGAUCCAGGUGCACGAUUAUAUGAAUGUGAAGUUCCUCCGCAUGGAUCCUGUCGUGCGCACUGCCACCAAGAAGACCAUUGAUGUUUUCUCCACUGCCUACCCUGAGCUGCUGCGCGAGAAGUUCUUCGUCAACGUCCCCUCUAUCAUGGGCUGGAUGUUUUCAGCGAUGAAGCUUAUCUUGAGUCGCAACACCACUCGCAAAUUCCACCCCAUCUCGAACGGAGCCAAUCUCGCUCGCGAGUUCCCCGCUGCGAUUGCCGAGAAGAUUCCCAAGAACUACGGUGGAAAGGGCGCUGAGCUAAAGGAUGAGGCGCGUUCAGUUCCCCUUGUUGAGGAUGAGGCGCCCAAGGCAGAGACUAAGGAUCACAAGCCUGCCGAAACUGCUGAGCCUGUCACUGAAGCUGCUGCUGCUACUGAUGCCCCUGCUAAGGAGGAGCCCGCAAAGGAAGAGGCCAAGCAGGAGGAGGCCCCCAAGGAGGAGGUCAAAGAAGAAGCCAAGAAGGAGACUAAGCCCACUGAGAGUGCCGAGGAAGCCAAGUAA